AUGCAUUCGGAAGAUUUUUGUGAUAAAAAUGGAUUCAACAAGGCCUGCUAUCCUGUACAAUUUUGGAAAUCACCGCAAUUAAACAAAGAAAUCUUAAUCUGCAGAAUUCAAAAUGGAUUCUUCUUUGCUGAGUAUGAUACAUCAAAACGUGAAUUACGUCUGUUGGCUCAAGAUUCUCUUUUUCCCGAUUCAAGUCGUUGGUAUGACGAGCAUAAUCAGUUACAAUGGGGUUCUUUUUAUGGACCAGAUAUGCCACUUGGAUUGUUUACUCGACAUAUCGAGCUAGGUAUUCGAUUUUAUUUAUUGAAUCCAAACGGUUUUAAGAAAAAUGAACGUCCUAUAUGGGAAGAUGGCAAUACGAACAAACACAUACAAUCGAUAUGGCGAGCUAAAGAUGACCAUUUUGAAUUUGCCGAUAUUACAGGAACUGGCAUAACAAAUAUUAUUCGUCAAAAUGACGAAGGACUUUCUAUUUACGGUUUUCAAAUGACAAACGAAGGCUUUGUUCUUAAAGAAUUAAUCAAAACUGAUCUAUGUAAUAAGGCUUCAGGAUGGCGAUCAGAACGAGACAAACUGUGGUUUGUCCGUCUAACAAAAAGUCAAUUUUCUAAUUUAGUGUUAUUGCAAUCUGAUGGUUUGAGAGUUUAUCAAUACGUCGAAGAAGAAAAACGCUUCGAUUGUUUGAAUCAUGAUACAUCUAUGGCAGAACGAUUUGGAUGGAAUAAGGAACAUUCUGAUUCUUUGUUAUUUGCCGAUAUCAGUGGAAGUGGUCUCAUGCAAUUGAUUUAUACAGGACCUCGCGGUUUGACAAUAUGUUCUUUUAAUCCGGAUACUCGUAAAUGGGAAACUAAUUUGAAUCCGGAUGAAUUAAAUUUAAAAAACAAUUCAUCUAACAAUCAAGAAACAAAACUAGUAAAAUCAACCUUUGUUCCACCACAAGGCGAAUUUAUUGUUCGACCAAAAUCCAUCGCAUUUUUACGAGAUACUCUUGAUAUUAAACCAUUAUUGUCUGCUGUUAACACAUAUACCGGCAAGUUAGACUUUACUUUGCCUUUUCUAAAUUUGGGUACAGGACCGAACGGUUUAAAAAUACAAUUAUCACUGCAAUAUCAAGGUGUUCAUCAGCAUGCGUCAAUUUUGGGAGUUGGAUGGAAUCUUGUUGAAGAUUAUAUCGCAGUAGAUUAUCAAGGAAAUGUUGAUCCUCUGACACAUCGUUAUUAUUGGAUAACAAGUCAUGGUAGUAUGCCAUUAUUGUGUCAAAACUCACAAACUGCUCAUAUCAAAAAUUUCAGGUUGGCUGCUAGCUAUUGUUUGUUUUUAAUUAAAAGUCUAAACGUCAACAACUUGCCGAAUAUUCAAGAAAAUGCAGUUAUUUUAGCUGGGCCAAGAGAAAACAAUGAUUAUUAUGCAUAUCAUGUACAAAAUAACCAAUGGGUACGAAAUAAGGAAGAUAAUCAGUUAAAAAAAAUUUUAAUUAAAAAUAUUGAUGUUAACAACUUCGAACCAGUAGAAGAAUAUGGCCUAAUUAAAAUCAACGAUAAAAAUUUUAAAAACAUUGUCAAAGUCAUACGAAUUGCUACGUCAAAUGAAAAUUAUUUUGAUAUGAAUAUAACUUAUUAUUCUGAUAAGCAAUAUUGGGAAAUGAAAACGCCGGAAGGAGAAAAGCGAGUAUAUGGAAAUGAUACGAAACAUCAAAAACGAUAUCCUGUAAGAUGGCAUUUGAAAGAAAUUCAAGGAUACGAAGCUGAAAAAAUUACUUACAAUUAUGAGACUGUUCAACGUCGAUUAGGUAAUGAAUCAUUCACACAAUCUAUGUAUCUUAAAUCAAUAUCAGAUAAUUGCAAUAAUACUAUUCAGUUCAAUUAUGAAAAGAAAUCCUUAGAAGAAUACCAAGAGCCCAUUCUCAGCGAUGAAGAUGGGAACUUACAAUUCUCUCCAACAUUCGGUCAUUACUUGAAAAAUAUCGAAAUAAUUACCCGUGUGAAUAUUCAAACAAUUGAAUUUCAAUAUCAGCUUCAAAAUAAAAUUCGACACUUAGUCGCAUUGUCACAAUUAGAAGACACAUGUCAAGAGCCUAUACUGAAAUUUUCUUAUAAAGAUUGUGAUAGUUCUACACAAUUAGAUCAAAUACAUUUGCCUAGUGGAGAAAAAGUCAAUUUCAUCUAUCAUAUUAACAAACUUAAACACAUCGGGUAUUCUUCAGAUGUUUACUCAGGAAAGCAUGUUCUACGCGAACAGCCUCAGAUUACAGUUGGACCGAAUUAUUUAAUCUUAAGUGAAAUCUAUGGGAAAACAUUAAAUUUUAAGAAAUUACAAACUAAUAAAACUUCUUUCAUUAAUUUACCAAGUAUUCAAGGAAUAUGUAUGUAUCGAGCUUUUGCUCAUCAAGAUUAUUUUGGAUUUAUUGUGAAAAACGACAACAAUACGUUUGCAUUAUUUCUAUACCACCGUCGUUCAUGUGGCGAAUGGCUUCUUGAACCUAAACAAUAUUCAAUAUCAGUUUUCAAAAUACAAUGGAUUGAUAAUAAUUUAAUUAUCAUCAAUCCACAACAACAAUUGAUCAUCAUUCACUGGAAUGUUGAACAACAAGUUUGGCAAGAACAAAUUUUAUCAAGGCCUUCAAAUGUUUCACAAAAUUCAGAAAUUUUCUUUACUACAAAUCAAUCUCUUGUAAUUGUUUAUGAUGAUCAACAUCUAUGGAUAGGAUAUAAAGAUUUUAAUAAGAAUUGGCAAAUAAAAUUACUUCGACAUAUUCCAAAUUAUUUUUUAAAAAGCAAACAAACGCUUGUGAAAUUUGAAAUAACUUCAGGAUUAUCACAAAAAAUUUAUGAUUAUUUAAAACUACAAGUAUUACAAUCUCAUAAUAAUAUCAUUUGUUUAUCUUCAUGGCAAGAAGAAAACAGUAAACUAAAAUCUAUAAUAAGUAUUUUUAUGUUGGAUUCAAAUAACAAUAUUCGAUUUGAAAAAACUGAUACAAUAAUACAAGAAGAAUCUUAUCAAGAGAUUUUUUCAAAACCUCAAGAACAAGAAUUUAUUCAAGGCGAUAAAAUUACAUACCGUUUAAUGUAUGAAAAAUCUAAUGGAAAAUUUCGAGUUGUUUUCGAACCUCAACAAGUAGCUAAAGAAGUAGAAAUUGAAAAAAUUAAACAUCGUCGUCUCUAUGAAUUAAAUAAUCAAGAAAUUAAAGUUACCCUUCAAGGUGUAAAAGGAUUUGUGAUUUAUAAUAAUCAGACGGGACAAUGGUUUACAGAAAUGGCUCAAAAUUUACAAAAUGAUAGUCACUCUUUAACUGAACAUUUUAAAGACAUAUUAUUAGUUGAUUUAACUAAAUAUCUUCCUCAACUUAAUAUCAAUCAAAUAACAUGGAGUAAUAAAAAGUGGUUAUUUGACGGAUAUCAAUGGCAAGAAAAAAUCAUUGAGGAAGAUAUAGUACAAGGAAAUAAAUUUGUAUAUAAACUGGGAAAAGAUUAUAUAUUAUAUAAAGCAAAUAAAGAAGCUUCAUUUAAACUUUAUAAACAAGAUGCGAAAGGACAAUUGACUGGUGAUUAUGUUUUUGAUUUUAAUGUAACAUCUUGGGAAAAUAUUUACAAUGGUUAUCCAAAUUAUAUUGCUUAUAAACCAAGUGAUAAUCGUAUUUUCAUUUUACCAAUUAAGAAGAAAACAAUGACAUUAGAUGGUACUUAUUAUUUAGCAGAUGGUAAUUUAACACCAUGGAGUAAUUCGCAAUUAUUAAUUAUUUCUCAAUCUAUUUCACAAGAAAAAGAUAGUCAAACGUUUACAUUCUAUUCAAAUCCUGGACAUUGUGAACCAUAUCAAGAUCCAGUUAUUGUUAAAAGUAGUUUAGAAAUAGUAAAUGAGAAACGACAUACCGGUUAUUUUUACCACGAAAAAUCCGCGACUAUUAUGAAUGAUAUAAUCGUUUAUCACAAGACUGAUACAAUUCCCGGUGAUGAAAAGUUUGGUCAUGGAUGGAUUGAAGAUAAUUAUGAAUCAGAUAAUGUUCAACGGCGUUAUUUUAAUGCAAAACAAGAAGAAAUUUCUGCUCCAUUAAAAGAUCGAAAUUCUAAAGAUAAUAAUUCAAAACCUGAAUCGUUACCGGAUCCAAAGACAACUUUAUUUAUAAAUAAAACAAAUUUAGAAAUAGCUCAAUUUUACAAUGCAAGUGUUCUAGAUGAUGAAGCUGCAUAUCUAGGUUUUGAAUCAUAUGAAAUAGAUAAUGCAUUAGCAUGGAAUUAUGAACGUCAAAAUUUAAUAAAAAAUGAUUGGACAUUAACAGGAGAAUAUUAUUUACGAUUGCGUAACAAAAAUGAUUCUAUACAUCGAACUUUCAGUCCAAAAAAUCAAGAUUGUUCUUAUCAAGCAGCAUGUUGGAUACGAAGUACAAAUACAAAUUCUGCAUUAAGUGUUGAUUUUAAAGCUAUUAUAAAAACUAACAAACAAGAUAUAAUUGGCCUUUUACCAGCUAAGUUAUUAAUUUCUCGAGGUGAAUGGUGUUAUUUCGAAAUCAAUAUUGAUCUAGCACAAAUUAAAACUAAUGGAACUUUAACACUUAUAUAUUCGAGAAAAGUGAAUAAUAAACUCUGUUUCUUUCAAGAAGAUACAAUUAAAGUUGAAAAUCAACAAAAUCCUGGCUUUAGUGCUUUAGGUGUUUUAAAAAGUACAGCAAUUGAACAAUUGCUUGCCAAUGUACAUAAUGUUGAACUGCGUUCUUUAGUAGCUCCAGAAAUACAGAUUGGCUUUUUACAAGAUGUAUUACCGGAGAUAAUGAAGAAUAAAUCCAGCUACAAAAACAUUCAUGAAAAAUAUCAACGACAUCAAGAAAAGGUUAAUCAAUGUGUUUAUCAAAUUAAUAAAGAUAUUGGUUUAAAAGAUAAUCAACAAUUAGACUUCAAAAAUCUUCUUGAACACAUUAAACAACAACCAAAAUAUAAAGUUUAUUAUCAGCAACUUAAUGAAUUAAAAGUUGUGUCUGAUCAAAUUAAAGUGGAACUAGAGAAUUAUUCAAAAUCAGAAGAUACUUUUAAGGAUUUUAUAAGACAUGUUAUUGAUACACAUGAUUACUUAACUUAUCUUAUGAAUACAAAAGAGGAACGGACAAUAACCACUUCCACCUUUGAUGCCAUAGCUAUAUUGAAUAAUAUUUGUUUUUACGUCUGGAAGGCAAAUUCGAAUAAUGAAUUGGUUUUAUUUCGUACCAAUGAAGAGAAAAUAAUAAAACCACAACAAACUAUAAAUUUAUUAUAUACAGCAACAUCUGCACAGUUUCAAAAGCUUAUUGAUGUUACUAACAAAUGUUUGCCAAAAGAGAAACGUGAAUCUUUAAAACAAGGACAUGAAUAUUUACUUAUUGAUUUAAUUAUCCAACCAACAAACGAUUACAGUUUAGACAUUGAUCAUAUACGUUUUAGUCCUCGUGAUCAACAAUUUUAUGCACGUGUAUAUAAUCCACAAACAUAUCAAGUUACCUCUCUUCUCGAUGGAAAUGGAAGUAUCAAAUAUGUAUUUUAUAAUCAGCAAUAUGAACCUUUGGCGGUCACGGAUUGGAAUAAGUACUUGAAUGAGUUAAGCAUUCAUGGUAGACAUGGUACGGCCUUAUCGUUUGGAAGUAUGUUAGCACGUGAACAACCACGAAGCCAAAUGAAAAUAAAACCAAUACAUGGAUUCUAUGAAGAGUUUUCUAAAACUUCAUUCGAAGAAAGAUGGUUGAUUGAUACGAUUAAGAAUUGGAAACGAACACCUGGAUGUCUUAUUCAUACAGGAAAAUCAGGUGAUAGUUUAAUAUUACAAAACGAAUGGUUAGACGAAUAUUCAGCUGGAUUACAUGUACAAUUAUAUGUACAAUCUGACGCUAAAAUAGAAAUUAAACUUCAUAAGCAUUCAAUCAUAGUAGAAUGCCUUAAUACAAACAAAACAAAUUUAAUUAUUAACAAUAAAAACAUUAGUUCAGUGCCAUCUUAUGGUGAAUAUUUGAUAAUCUCUGAAGGAAAUCGAUUAUGGUUGUGGAUAAACGGUCAAUUACAAUUGGAUCAAGCAUUUAAAGUUCAUGUCGAUAAUUCUAAUUACUUAUCGUUACAUUUAACUGGAAAUGUUUCUCUCAAUCAACUUGUUUUGUUUAGUAAGCCUGCUAUUGAUGUAGUCUAUAAAACAAUUUUAGAUGAAGAAUUACAGACUAUUCAAUUGGAAAAUUCUCAAACAGCUAUUGUUUCUCAAACAUUAUAUGAUGAUUUAGGUCGACAGGCAAUAAUUAUUAAGCCAACACAAAUUAUUGUUGAUGAUGAUAAACCUCUACUAGCAUUCCAAAAUGAUUUUAUUCAAAAUGGAUAUAUUCAUCAAAAUAAUAAUGUUUGGCAAACUGGCAAAUUAAUCGGUACAGGCAACAAAUUUAAUCCAAAGGAUGAAGGUUAUUGUUAUUCUGAAGUUCGAUAUGCAGAUAAUCCAUUGAAUGAGAAGAGUGCUAUUGGACAACCCGGACGUUUAUUUACAGUGAACGAAAUUGGUUGUUUAAAAUACACGCGUGAUGUUCAAUCAGACUUUAUUAACUUACUAUUUCCAAGUCAAAAAGGUUAUUCAGUACAAGUUUGUAUUCAACCACAUGGAACAAAACAAAUCACUGUAUUAUGUUCACGUGGAAAUCAAGUAGCAUUAUAUGUAUAUACAAACAUGGGAAAUAAUUUGUUGACUACAUAUGAAUAUGAUGAUGAGAAUCGAGUUAUUACAGUGUUACCACCUACUUAUCAUGCACAUCGCGACAUUGAUACUUUAAGUCAAGUAAUACCUUAUACACAGUUAACGAAUCAAUGGAAAACUAAUGAACAACAACGAAAUCUUCAAAAUAAUUUUGCGACUAGAAUGACUUAUAACAAAGAUGAUCAAGUUAUUGAAAGACGUUCACCAGAUACAAGUAAACAAAUUUUAAUUUAUAGCCAUGAAAACUUGUUACGAUUUAUUUUACAACAUGAUAUUAAUGGUAAAUCGUGCCGAGUAGUCUAUUAUCAAUAUGAUAGACGAGGUGAUCUUUCUAGUCAAGGAUAUAGUACGGAAUGUUUAAGUCAAGAGGAUUUACAAAAUCUUGCUAAUAAUUAUAGCGACUUACCUCAAGCAAUUCCUUAUAUGCAAAUAAUCAAGAACAACAGUUCGAUAAACGCAAGCUUGAGAAGUAAAUCAGUAACUUCAGUAAUAAACCAAUCGGAAGGAAUAUGGAGAGAGUCCUCAACUUAUUUAGAGGAAGGGAAAUUAUCCACUAGGGAAAUGAUGACAUUUAGUAAUAAUUUAUGGCAAAUUUAUCGUAUUGAUUAUACUUAUUUUGGAGAAUAUAUCUCCAGUAUAACUUAUCCGAUGUUAUUUAAAAAUCAACCAUUAAUCAUUGCUUAUUCACGUAAUAAACAAAAUCGUAUAACUGCGAUAGGAACAUCUAAUAAUGUAGAACAAUGGAUAAAAUUCACUUAUGACGCACAUGGGCAGAUUUCUGAUGAAACGCAUAUUGUAAACAAUUUUACGACUCAUUAUGAUUAUAAUUCUCCUGGAUAUUUAGAAAAUACUCAAAAUUCAUAUUUGAAAGAAACUAUAUAUUAUACAGAAGGAAGUUAUGGUCAAGGAGGGUAUUUUGAUGGUACUAUAGCAAGAACACAGUUUAAAGCACAAUGGUUUGAUCACUGUGAUAAACGAAUUUUGUCAUUUAGUCCAGAAACUUUUCGACAACGUUUCGAAACAGCUGAAACGCCUAUAACUCUAAAACAAGCUGAAUAUUACUUAAAAGCCUUGGAAAAUGCUGGCUUUCUCGAUAACAACCGACGUGUUAUCAAAGCAUUUUUGCCGAGAGAGGCUGCUUUAUAUUUACCUCGUGAAUGUGGAGGAAUUUUUGCUUAUAAAUUAGCAGAGCUUCUAAACGAAUGUUUUACUCAAGAUUAUGGUCAUCAAUAUAGUUAUGGUAAUCAUAUGGAACUUGUGAAAGCAAAAUAUAUUGUAGGUGAUAAAAGUUUAAAACCUAUUCAACCAUCCAGCUUUAAAGAAAAAUCAAGUAAAAUUACUCCAAAAGAUUCAGAAUCAAUCUGGAAAAUAUUGAUUGACGAGAUUUACAUUCAAUCGGAUAACGAUGAUGGAAUACAUUUACAAGGAAAAGUAAAUACAGAUAAAUGGAUUGAUUAUGAAACAUUUAAAAAGAAUUUAAAACAGUAUGCUGAUUAUGAUCAUCUACUUGCUACGAUAUUACAAAAAUAUAUUUCACAAAGAGAAAUUUUAACAUUCGAAAAAUUUCAAAAAAUCUUUUUCAUUUGGUUACAAGUUGAUUCAGAUACACAACCAAAAUCGAUUGGUAUUUAUACUGAAACGGCAAAAAAUAUUUGGACAAUACUCUCGAAUGAAGGUUAUUUGUAUUCAGCAAAUAAAUUAUGUUCUCUAUUUAAAAAAGAAUUCUAUCAAAUACUUAAGAAUUAUCAAAUAUUCAUACCUGAGAUUAUAGGUGUACUUCAAGAACAUUCUUCAUGUCAAAUGGGUGAAUCGUCUUGUGAUGUUGAAGCUUAUAGGAUUGAUGAAAAUGGAAAUCAUCGUCAUUAUUGGACAGGUUAUUCACGUUAUGAAUUGCAAUACAAAAAAACUAACAAUCAAAUUGAACAUAUCGAUUAUAAAUCCAUGGUAAGAGAUAAACCAAAAACAAGUUUUAAAAUGAUACAUGAUGCAUUGGGAAAUGUAACGAAAGCAGAACAUAAAGGAAUCAUGGAAAUUAUCUAUGAUCCGACUACAAAUCGACCUAAAAUUAUUAAAUUACAAGAUGGUCGUCAAGUUUCUUACGAUUAUGAUGUUCAAGGUGAACGAGUUCGAAAGCAUGUCAUUAAUAGAAAAGGAGAAAAACUCAUGGAAGUUUUGUACUUACGUGAUGGCGAAGGACGUUCGUUAGUGGAAAAAGUAAUUGAUUUUACUGAUUCUCAACAUUCUGAACAAUAUACGGGCUAUAUUUAUGGUCCUAAAGGUCUUAUUGGUUUCAUAAGAAAUGAUGAGUUUUAUAGUGUUAUUUGUGAUCAUGAAGGAUCUAUCCGAUUAAUUGUCAAAAACCAAGAAAUAGUAGCCGCUUAUGAUUAUCUUCCUUAUGGUAAUUUAAUACGACAAUAUGGUAUUCCUCAAGUACAAAUUUCUUAUCGAUAUACUGGUCAAGAAUGGGACGAAGAAACAGGUUUAUAUAAUUAUCAUGCACGAUUAUAUGAUCCAGAUAUUGGUCGUUUCUAUCAAAUUGACCCUCAAGAACAAUAUGCUAGUCCUUACAAAUAUUGUGGAAAUUCUCCAAUUUCCUUGAUUGAUCCAAGUGGUGAAAUUGCCUUUUUACCUUUCUUAAUGAUUGGAUUAGGAGUGCUUGGAGGUUAUUUAGGAGGAAGUGCGACAAACAAUAGUUGGCUUCCUUGGGAAUGGGAUCUCACGAAAGCUAGUACUUAUUUAGGGAUCGGUGGUGGUGCAUUAGCCGGUGCAUUAGCACCCAUAGGAAUUACAGCUUCAACUAGCGCUUUAGUAGCUAUGGGACUCACUGUUGCUAAAGCUACCACUAUCACAAGUUUGAUCGGUGUAGCUGGUAUGUAUUUGGGAAUGGCAACUGGAAAUCACAACUGGAAUAUGAUGCAAUGGCAAUGGAGUCGACCGAUGACUUGGAGUAGUGGUUUUCAAGGAUUUAUUUUUGGAGCUAGUGCCAUAGGCGGAGUUGGAGCUUGGUACCAAUACUACACUAGUCUUGGAGUUGUGGGUAAAUGGGCAUUAACCAUUAGUAGUGGUGGACUUUCAAUAAGCAUGGGAUACCUAAGCUGUGCAGCAGUCAAUAAUAGUUUUUCUUUUAAGCAAUGGAAGCUAAGUCUAGGAACAGUAUUCGCAGGAUUGGGAGGUGCUUUUGGUGGAUUUAUGGUACCCUUAGGAUUUGUGUAUACAGGAAAAUUCGUCAGUUCUUUUCAAACUACGAAUGCUCAGCUAUUAAUUGGAUGUGGAACAAUUGCUUCUGGUUUAGGUACAGCCUAUUUAUUUGGCAGUGCAGCUAAUAAUAGUUUUACUAACUGGAAUAUGUCAUCACCUAAAACUUAUGAAUCAGUCAUGAGUGGAAUUUUAUUCGGUAUUAGUCUACCUGGAUUACCAAAAGCAUUCAAAGAGGGUAUGAAAAAUACUUCAAAAGCUUGGAAACGUAUUGAAUUUAAGAACUAUUUUGAAAAAGGAAAGUAUGGAACUGACGAACAAUUUGCUAAGGAAAUCGUUGCAGCAGUAGACCCAUUAUUCGAUGGUAACGUUCAGGGACUUACAAAGCCAAGUAAAGCAGGCGCUAUUAGUAUUACAACAACUGCAGAUGGAAAGAAAUUUUUUGCUUAUUCUGGUUCUGAAAAAAAUGCAGUUGUUUAUGGUGUAAUCGAUCAAAAGGGUAAUAUUCAUAUGCAUAUUGAAGGUAUAGUUCCUGAUCUUAGAGACGGUAAAAGGUUUGGAUUUGAAUUAAUAGAAAAAAAGUUGAAUAUCACAAAACAGCAGGUAUGGGACCAAUCUGGUAUGCCAAAUGAAAGAGGGCAUACUCAACCUCGUGCUCCGGAAACUUGUAGAGAACCACGCGCUAUGCAAUUAACGUUUGAAGCUGGUUAUUUGAAAGACGACAUAUUAUCAUUUAGUACAUUUAAAAGAAGCUCAAGUGGUGCAGUUCCAAUAAAUGCAUGUCCUAAUUGUCAACAAUAUGUUCCUGGAAAAAUAUACACAGAAAGUAUUUUUUAUAACUCUUUUCAAAAUUCAUUUGGUCAUGUGAUUUUUACAGCACAAUUUUCAAUUCCGCAACUUCAUCAGAAUAGUAGCAUAUAG